AUGCUUAAGGAGCUUGAAGCUUACGAGUCUAGUUUUGAUGACUGUGUACUUAAUCUCAAAGACUGCUACAAUCUGAGAACUAUUUCAGAGAUGUUUGGUGAUAUCAAAUUCAUAUAUUUGCAAGGGACAAAAAUAGAAGAAUUACACCCUUCAAUUGGAUAUCUUAAGAAUCUUCUUGUGCUCGACCUCUCUGAUUGUGAAAAUCUCAAGAAUCUUCCUAGUAGUAUUUGUUAUUCUGAAUCAUUGGAACUUCUAGUUAUGCAUGGUUGUCAGUCCAUUGACAAGUUUCCAAAGCUUCCCCUAAAUAUUAAACGAUUAGAUUUGAGUGGAACAUCAAUACGACAAAUCAAUUCAUCAUCCUUUGAAUGCAUGCCUUAUCUAAAGUCAUUAGACAUGAGUUGCUCAAAGCUUGAAAGUCUCCCAACCACUGUUUGUAAGUUGAAGUCUCUUGAGGUACUAGCUCUUGCACAUUGCUCACAGCUAAAAAGCUUUCCCGAAAUCUUGGAGCCUAUGGAGAAUCUAAAAAAAAUUCUCUUACAUUGUACAUCGAUUGAUGUGGUUCCACCGUCGAUUGAACAUCUUGUUAAUCUUGAACGUUUAGAUUUGAGCGAAUGCAAAAAUCUCAAGUCUCUUCCAAUGUCUAACAUCUAUGAAAUGUGUAACAUUUCUACUAUCUUCAUUGAUGAAAAUCCAACACAACAAGAUUUGGUUGUUUUGUUAUCGCUCGAUGAGUACAUCUCCGUAGCGCUUCAACAAUCUGAAUGUAGAGGUUUUUGUUCGAAUACAAAUCUAAUCUCUAUCCUAAAGUUAAAUUUUGAGCAUCAAGUGUAUAGCUUUUGGAAAGAUAUCACUUGUUGUGAGUGUUUGUUGUUCAACACAAUACUCAUUCUUUUAAUGUGCAAAACUCAACAAGAUGAAAUUUUCAAAAUAAAGCCUGAAUGGGGAUCAGAAGUAGCUGAUAGAGGAAAGGCUUUAUAUGGUCCUAGAAUGGGAUUUUCCUAUCCAAGAAAUAAAAUUCCUGAUUGGUGUACUCACACAUCUAUGGGAGCCUCAACACAUGUAGACUCUCUUAUCACUUGGAGUGGUAGAAGAAACUUCUUAGGCAUUGUCAUAUGCAUUGUUGUGAAUUUCGAUGAUGGGUGCAUUUUCAAUGACAAUGAGUGGAGCAUUUAUUGUAAAAUGUAUGGUUUAAUCAUUGAGGAUGAACCAUACUAUAUUGAUUCAUCGCUUUUGAAGAUACAAAAAUAUAGUGACUAUGAUACACAUCAUGUGUUCAUAUGUUAUCUUAUCAAAAGAGAUAUUCAUGAUAGAUUUUAUCAUGCAUUGAGUGCUUCAUUUAUCUUUGAGUUCGCAGAGGAGAACCAGCAAUAUGGGAGUUGUGAGUCAAGUAGAAUAGAACAAUGUGGAAUUCGAAUGGUCUACAAUGAAGACGUUGAAGAGCUUGAAGAAGAUCAACUGAUGCUUGAUGCAGAGACACAUAAUAAUGUUGAAGAGAACUAAAAUAUAUAUCAUAUCAUUUCCGUUAAAGGUAUGUGUGGUAUUGUUCUUCCAAAUACAAAGAUGUCCGAAAAUUGUUCAUCCAUCUUUAUGAAAAGUUAGAUAUCAUCUAAAAUGGCGUUCCUGGAAGUCUAACUUUAACUCUUUAUGUGUGGUAUUCGAAUGUCAGUUUUGCUGCUAUUGUUUGUGAAAUGGACUGAAAUUUGUGAACUGUGUGCUUAAUUCCUUAACUCUUUGGAUUAAUGCUUGUGAAAAUUUUGUAUUGAUGCAAAUU